AUGUUCAUAAGUGGUUUUCUACCCCGAUCUAGUCAAAAUGGGGUAUCUAAGACAGAAUCAGCAGGUAACCAACGACAUAAAAGCAGUCUAGUAGGAACCUCAGAGACUACACGCGCAACAACUUAUCCGUCAUCCUUCUGUGAGUGGCUAGCUGGAAUUAUCGAUGGUGAUGGAAGUAUGAAAGUUAGUAAAAAAGGAUAUACUUAUCUUGAAAUUACUAUGGGACUUGAAGAUCUACCACUACUACGAUAUAUCCAACAUAUGCUUGGUGGAAGUAUUAAAAUGCGAGCAGGUGCUAAAGCUUAUCGUUAUCGACUACAUAAGAACCUUGGUAUGAUUAAACUAAUGAAUUGUAUAAAUGGUCAUAUUCGACAUUCAGCACGACUACUUCAACUACAUCGUGUCUGUCAAGUACUGGAAAUCCCCGUAAUUCUACCUAUUACACGCUAUGCUCAAUCAAAUUGGUUUGCAGGAUUCUUUGAUGCGGAUGGUACUAUUAGUAUAGCUAUGAAGCAUGGACUACCUCAACUAAGUAUUCGAGUAACUAAUAAACUUCUACAAGAUGUAGAGUCUUAUAAGGUAGUAUUUGGAGGAAGUCUCUACUUUGAUAGUAGUCAAAAUGGUUACUAUCAAUGGUCUAUACAAAGUAGAAAAGAUGUUAUCAUGAUGCGUCAUUACUUUUUUUCAAAUACUUUCCGAAGUCAUAAAUCACGACGAUUCUUCCUUAUUGAGGAAUAUUACAGUCUUUACGAUCUCAAAGCAUUUAAACCUGACAGGCUUUCGGGUAUGCCACGUCGCAUUCCAGAUUAUCCAGAUGCUUACGCUGGAUGGAAUGCUCUUAGCAGUUUUGGCUCUUAUAUAUCCGUAGUUGGGAUUUGUCGUUUCUUCGUGGUCGUAACAAUCACUUCAAGCAGUGGAAAGAACAAAAGAUGUGCUCCAAGUCCUUGGGCUGUUGAACAGAAUCCAACCACACCGGAAUGGAUGGUACAAAGUCCUCCAGCUUUUCAUACUUUUGGAGAACUUCCAGCUAUCAAAGAGACGAAAAGCUAUGUUCAGUAA